AUGGACCCACAGCUCCAGUGUCUCUAUCGCCGUACCUUCAUUACGGUUGAGGAGCCCAAUGAGCUGAUCGCUGUCAAGCGUGCCAAAAGCUUGCCCCCAGAGAGGAGGGCUAUAUCUGAUGAGGCAACAGAAGCUCAGGUCAAAGAGUCGGAAUUGGCGGACUACGUCGCCCGGCUUGCUGGAAAUGCUGCUCAUUUUUUCGGACAGAGGAGCAACAGGCAGCAAGUUGCAGAAGUCCACUCUGAGACCAAAGCUGAUGCCACUGAUUCAGAUUCACUUGAUCCCACUGCCCAUACUGCCCCUAUUGCCCAUGCUGCACAAGAACUUGCUAGUAGAGGAAGUCUGGGACACCCAGAUGUGUGCCGGCGUCCCUGCGUCUAUUUCAAGUCUGGCAGCUGUGAACACGGCAGUUCAUGUGGCUUUUGCCACAUGGAACACACCCUACGGCUCCCAAAACUAGACAAGAAGCAGCGUGAGCUCAUCAAAAGCCUCAACAAGACCGAAGUGCUUUUGAUCAUGCUGCGCUAUCUCCGAUGGGUCGCUGUAAAGCAGGGCUUUGAGCUCCAAGCUACAGAGAUUCUCAAGCUUGUUGAGCACGAAGUUCUUGUGGGUCAAGAUCAGGCAGAAGCCAACAGGGCCAACAUUCCGGAAAAGAUGUUCAGUCGGCUCCACAAAACCUUGAUCCGAAUGCACUUCGCAGGCAUUGUCGGUUUGGCAUCAAAAGAACAAAUUGGAAGCAAACUGAGACAGGACCUCGCUGAUGCAUUGGAGAGGUUGUUCUUAUCCACAGCCAUUGAUCAUUUGAUCAAAGAUGCCUCGGGUGGGGGCACAACCUCUGAAAGAGAGCCCGGCCCUGUGCCAUGUGAAGACAUGCUCAGGGAAGAUGGGCAAACCAUUUCUUUGCAUUCCUUCAUUUUGGUUCCAAUGCCGCCCAGGUUGGCACUGGGCGGCAUUGGAAACAAAAUGAAGGAACACAAAGCUGCUGAAACUGAAGAAUUUGAAGAGUAUCGGCGGCGCUGUCACUUGGAGACCGAGCAUCAGGAACUGCAACAAGAGAUGCUGGGUUUGUGUGAAGAACUUGCGAGUGCGAAUCGCUUGGCAGAGACAGCCUGCGAGGAGCAACUCCGGAGGAGCCACAAAGCCCUUCGGAGCUUGGAAGCAACUGUGGAAUCCUCAACAUCGAAUCCAAGGCCGAGUCUGCCAAGAGAGCCAUUUCAAGGUGAAGAGUUUGUGUCAACACCAACUUUUGGGAAUCGCAAGUCCAGAUGA